CUUCACAUUCGUAUCAAUUGGCUAACAUUGGCUAAAAUGAGAGUUGUGUCAGUUUCUGUUCUGUUCAGUGUAUUCCACAUUUCAUUCCUCAACGCAGGAAAGCUCUACUAUCCAAAUCCGGCUAUUAUAGAUGAUGUUCCAGUUCAGUAUAUUCCACCACCGGAUAUCUACUCACCAUAUGAAGCGACCGUUUAUCCAACAUGGGAAUAUUUGCAAUGGAUACCGCUUGAGAAUAUUCCCUAUAUUGGUGAUGAGAGUGCGUACUAUUAUUAUCCGAACCAUAAGCAUAUCGGAUCUACAAUACCAUGUCCCAAGAAGGGACAUACCACCAAAAAGCCAUAUAUAGCUCCAAAAGUUCCAACAACUACCACUACCACCACAACGCCGCGUCCGACUCCUCAUAAAGUCCAUUCCAAAGGAUCUGCUGUAGGAAUCAAAACGUCUUUUAAUGAACUCGAACUUAAGUUAAACCAAUUGAAGCUCGCCUUAUCCAAAUUUGCUAGGGCAGAGGGCUUGGACUACGAUGUCGAGGAUGACGCUAGAACUCUUCCUGUGUCUUCAGAGACAAACGAAGGUUCGAAGGUGGAAGGAAAGGAAGAAGUUGUUGAGGAGCAACCAAAGCAAGAAAUGGAAGAGCAAUCAAAAUCAGAACUUGAGAUUACGCAAGAUGUAGGGCAGGAAGAAACAAUUGUACAAGAAGAAGAUAAUUUCAGGGCGGAUAACAACGAAGACCUCGAUGAUAUGCAUCUACUGGAAGAAAUGAGAAAACUAAUGAUAGACAACACAUUAACCCGUAAGGAGGCAAAUGCAGAUCAGAAAGCGAAUGCAAAUCAGGAUGUGAAUGCAGAUCCAGAAGAGAAUGCAGAUGAGCAAGAAACGGAAAUCCAUUUGGUGCCUGAACACCGGGAAGAAGCUAGCUCCGAGGAUGUUGUUCGGUGGUUGAAGGGAUUGAAUCAAGAUUUACUUCGUAAUCUUCCAUUGGACGACCGAUAUUUUCAAAAUGGUUACAAAGGGUUAACUAAUUCUUAUAACGAGGAAAUAAAUUAGCCUUACUGUAAACAAAACCACUAGCUACCGGUCCGUUUGAUAUUCUUAUCUUAGGGAAAGAUUAAGACACUGUAAAAAAUAUGACAAUAAAAUAAAAACUCGAAAGGGAUCAAUUUAAAUGAUA